AUGAACAAGAAAUUUAAACAAUUGAAUUCCUACGGAACUAGUGCAUAUGGGUUCAAGCACGAGGAUUACGAUCACUUUUAUAAUUAUGCUAUUGGAAUUAAUGACACCGGACUGCAAACGGUUUAUGAUAACAAUGGGGAGAUUAUGGAGCUGAAAGAUGUUUCGGUUUCUUCAUUUUUCAAGAACAUCAUCAAACAAAAUAUAAUCGAUAUGCUAUGGAUCAACAUCGACGGAGGAGAAUUCGAAUAUUGGUCAUAUUUUUCUAAAAAAGGACAAUUCGAAAGACUUGGAAUCAUCGUAUGCCAGUUCAAUUUGGAAGUUGAACGAAACGAUGGAAAUACCUUUUCGAAACUAAUUUCAAAUUUGUUGGAAUCUGAAACUUAUAUUUUCCUUCGAUCUGAAAUUAAAGAAAACCCAAAACAGUUAAAAAUGGUCAACUACCAAUUGCUUCGAAACGAUUUUUCUGCCAAUACAGAAAAGUUUAAAGAAUUUUAUCGAUACCGAAAAAGUGUAUUUUACUAUUGUGGCAUAAUCCUGAUUGUUGUCUUCCUGGCUGUCAAUUUUUUGAGUUAUGACGAUGAAACAAUCGAUUCACAGGAACAGAACUAUGCGGAACAUCCCAGAAAUAUUGUCGCUGAACAGGAAUCAGGACAAAAACUACCAUUUACUACAACUCCUUCGCCUCCCCUGAUCCCUUACAAAUACGAAGAACUUCCAGCCUGUGAUUUCAGUACAGACUCUCCAAAACCUCUUCAUAAUGCCGAAGCUAUUGCGAACGAGUUUUUCAAAUGUGCAUCAAUGAUUCUCCUCCGAUUUGCAAUGAAUCCUCAAGGAAUGCUGUUCAAUUGGCCGUAUACAAUUUAUGUUUGUGAUGAAGAAGACCUGUCAUCCAGAAUUCCAUUGAUAUCAUUUGACAACGGACAGAAGCAGUACUGGGCUGUUCUUCCUACUUGCCAAGAAAAAACUACAUUGGUCACUUUGGGAGCCAGUGAGAACACAAAGUCAGAAGAGGAUAUAAAGAAACUUCUGAAAGAUCUGGAGACUUUUGGAACUGAUCCAUUCCACGGGAAGAAUAAUGCGUAUGGAAAGUUCAAUCAAGUCGCUCUUUCCACAGAUGAUCACGAAAUUUCAAUGGUUGAUUCGAAUGAUAAAUUCUCUGACAAAAACUUUGUGGCUACUGUGGAUCAGCGAGAGUUCUUCAAUGUGACUAAAAUCGAUAUGCUGUGGAUAACUCCAAAUGCGGGAAACUUUAAGUACGAGAAAUAUCUGAACAAAGACGGAGAGUUUGAAAAAAUGGGAGUCAAAGUAUGCCAAAUCAAUAUCGAAAUCACAAAGAAUGAUGCGGACAAAUGGUUCAAAUUGAUUAAUCCUUUGGUACAAGAAAAGAGAUUUAUCUUCAUGAGACCAAUGGCAACGGAAGGUGGAGAACUGAUAAGAACCUAUCUUCUGAAUGUUGCAGAUCCAGAAUGUGUUAGGAAAUAUUUACAAUGA